AUGUAUCUGUCAGCACGGAAUUGUGCCCCUGCCAUGUCUGCGGCGACGCGAAUGGUAUCACAACGGGGAGCUCCCUCCGCUAUGGGGAGCCUUGGACAUUCGGGGCUGAACGGGUGGACUAAGGGUUCUGUGGCCUCAUCUGGAUACAUUCGCUCCUUUUCAAGGAGAUGUCUGGGUAGAAGCCCCAGACCCAGAGCCCCUGUGCUACCACCCACAACAAUAUUGUCAUGUGCUGUUCCAGCUGCUCUCCCGGCGAAACACUUUGGAUGUCAGAUCCGAGGGUUUAGCCAAGCGGAUCACACUCAAGUCUCGGGGGACAAUCCCAAGACCGAAGAGCUGUUGGAAAAAUUUGAAGUUCAAGAAGGCAACCAAGAGGCUCGUCCCCAGCACACGAUACUACAUGAAGAUAAGAAAGAGAAGAAGUCGCCGCUGGAGGGAAACAAGUGGCCUGAGCGAAUGACCAAAGGCAAAAUGUUGACGACUCCUUCACGGCUCUUCAAGCUGAUCGUUCCAUUGACAACUAUCGGCAACCAGGGUCAAAUCGAACCCAUCGCAAUCCUCGUCCAUCCUCAACAACCACUAUCAUAUCUGGAGCGAUUGAUUCAAUCCGAAGUGCCCCCAAUCAUUGGUCAAACCGACAAGCUUCGUCCGCCCGCUGUGUCUUUUAUUGCCCUGCAACACGAGGACAACGCUAUCAAGCCCAAAAAGAAGAUCGAAGAUGACAUCGACGUUGAUGCCGGCAAGAGCAAUGACAACGAUUUCGUCCCCGGUAACGAUGGCGUUGGCGGCAGCAGGCCCAAGGGUAGUCGUCCGAUACAGCGCCGACGAUCGCGUGAGGAAGAUGCUGAGACUAUCAGUUAUCCUCGCGUAUCAAGCUCCGAGGAUAUUCCCGAAGGCGAGCCUGAGCGUUUCGUCCGCUGGUCCCAAGCCACCGAGGUCGGGGACUUUAUUCGUGAUGCGUCGCGAGCAGGCGAGUUCAUUGUCACUAUUGAGGGUGCACCGGAAGGCCUUGGCCAGAUCCGCGUCGCGGUGCCGUCUUUCAAUGAGCGCACUUACUAUCUGCGCAUGCGCCUUCGCAAGCUCGCCCGUCGCAUCCAGACUAUGGCGAACGUCAAGGAACAGUGUGAUGCACUUGCGCAUCGCGGUGCACAGCGUGUUGCAAUGGGUGGAUUCGGCAUUCUGGCCGUAUGGUGGCUUACGGUCUAUAGAUUGACCUUCGAGACUUCACUUGGAUGGGACACUAUGGAACCUGUGACUUACCUGGUCAGUUUGUCGACCUUGAUGGGAGGUUACCUGUGGUUCCUGUAUCACAACCGGGAGAUCUCAUAUAAAUCGGCGCUGGAUUUCACCAUCAGUGCCCGACAGAAGAAGCUGUACAACCUGCACAAGAUCGAUCUACAGCUUUGGGAGUCUCUCAUUGAUGAGGGCAAAUCCCUCCGCCGGGAGAUCAAAAACAUCGCCGCCGAGUACGAUGCGGAGUGGGAUGAGCGGGCCGAUGAGCACGAUCAACGCGUCACGGAGGUCCUCAAAUCGGACCGCGGAGAGAAGAAGGAAAAGAAGGAAUCCGACGAUGGAGACAACAAGUCUGAUUGA